AGGAGGUUUAACUUCUCAGGCUCUGGAUGGGAGAGGGAUGAUACCAGGGAGCUGCAGGCAAACACAGAGCUCUGACCAGCUUCCUUCAGCAAUGACAGAAUUUGAAGAAUAUUUGCGAUAAUCUAUAUCAUUUCUUAAGUUGCAGAAGGUUUUUUUUUUAAAAACCAUAUUGGAUGUGGGCGACUCCUCUCCUUUGCUUGCUUUGCACCACUUUUUAAAUCUGUGGAAAUACGACUCCUGGGGACUUCUGGGCAUACUUCUUUUUGGAGGUUUGGUGACAACAGGAACAUGUUGCACGAAUGAGCCAGUUGACACCUUAAAGGCAAACUGCUGACUACUUUUACUGUUCCUCAACGGUUGCUUUGUCUGGAGAAAAGGUGAAGACUGCAGCGUCAGGUUGAGCAUCAGCAAACUGGACACGAACUUUUGCACAAGAUUCUGCAGCCAGGAAUCAUGAAAGACAACUAUGGUGGAUACGAGAACCAGCUUUUCAAAGAGGAGGACUUCACUGGAGAGGAGGAGGAAGUGCCUUCAUUUAGAGGUCGAACCAGAGGUGGCUGUGUGAGGUGCCAGCAGAGCCAUUCUCUCCAGCUGGCCGUCAAAGUCCUCUAUGGAUUUGUUGCCUUCCUCAUCAUUACCGUGGCAGUGCUGGCGUCACUUGUGUUCAGGAAGGUGGACAACCUUUCUGAGGAGGAGUCAGUCUACCACAAGAAGAUCACCAAGGCCCAGCAGGGAAUUGACGAUCUGAGGUCCACAUCUAACUGUUCAGGCUGCCUUGAUGUGACUCUGUACAGCCAGGAGAUCAGCAAGCUGAAGAAAGAAUUUGAAGACAUCCAGAGAAUGAUACUGGGACAAGAGCAGGUCCUGGACCAGGCCUCCCAAACCCAGGCCACCCUAAAGGCCACAAGCAACCGAGUGACGCGUGACAUUCAAAACCACCUCAUGUCAAUCAAACUUCUCAACCAGUCACUGGAAAGAUAUCUGGAUCGGGUGGAGGGCUGGAAAGAAGUGAUUGAGGAAACUGAAGAGAAGAUGAAAACGCUGACGGAGGAUCAGUACGACAUAAAAGCUACAGCCCAGCAAGUUAACACGACAGUGGCCCUCAGUACAAUGUGGAUAGAUGCCUUGCAGAGGAAAGCAGAUGAGGAGACUCUCGUCCUCCAGAAGCUGACCAGUGACUGGCAGAACUACAGUCGAGUUCUGAGCGCCAUUAAGUCCAACACGAGCAGCACCACGCAAACCAUGCGCUUUCUCCAGAACAACAUCGUAGCAGAUCACCAGAGAAUUGCCAUGUCCACGGAGGUGUACUAUGACCUCACUCAGCAGGUGAUGAACCUGCAAAUGCAACUUGACAAUGUGACAUCUUUUAUGGAUGAACAUGAGGAGAACAUGCAUGAUCUUCAUUACCAUUCCAGGUACUAUGAGAACCGGACGGGUGAGCGUUUCUCUGCCUUGGAUGGUCGUCUGAACUCAAUUGAGAUGGAGAUCGACACAAUCUCCUCCAGCAUCAACGCCACCGUCAGCCAUGUCCAGAGCAUGUACAAAUACAUCAACAUCGAGAGCUCAUCCUGCCAGGGUCGCCUGGGAAGACACACAGAAGAUCUACAGAACUUGAACAGCACAGUCUUGUUACUUCUCCACUCAGCCAACACACUGAGGCAGCAGAACAUGUUGCUGAAUGUGAGACUGGAUGUGGAUGUCAGGAAUUUGUCCAUGGUGAUGGAGGAGAUGAAACUUGUGGAUGUUUUUCAUACACAGCUCAUAAAGAACUUUACUAUAGUAAAAGGUGCUCCUGGACCACCUGGGCCCAAAGGGAACCGUGGUGAAACCGGCUCAAAAGGACCUGUGGGAUUGACAGGCAUUAAAGGGGACCGAGGCCCCACAGGAGGUCGUGGAUCUAUUGGAGAGAAGGGUUCUCUUGGUCCUAAAGGAGCACAGGGUGAAACCGGCUCCGGUGGCAAUAGAGGAGCGAUUGGUAUCAAAGGAGCCAAAGGGUCCAUUGGUACACCAGGCCCCAAGGGUGAAAGGGGCCAGAAAGGUGACAUGGGCCCCUCUGGUAGAGAUGGCAUUCCAGGACCCACAGGGCCUCAAGGGAUACAGGGACAGACAGGACUGCCAGGCAUCAUUGGGCCAUCAGGGCCAAAAGGAAAACCUGGACCAGUAGGGCCACCUGGACCACCAGGAAUCCCUGGUCCUCCAGGCAGCCCGUACUGCCAUGACCUAGGCAUCCACCACCAGCAGCGAACUGUGACACCUGCUGCUGGAUCUAAGCGACAGUAGUGAGAAAGAGGUGAUUUGUCAAAAGAGCUCAAGAAUCACAGUCAGAUAUGAACCAAAGGGAUACCAUGCAUUGUGACUGGAGACACAAUAAUACAUUUCUGUUGCAUUGGGUAAGACUUUAUGAACAAAUGCAACAUGGAGCUUUAGAGGAGGCAUUUCCCUGAAGAAAUGAAAUGGCCACAUGGAAUAAAAUAAAAAAAUAAGGCCUGAAAAUCUGAAAACAGUACAGCUAACACAGACUGAACUGUUGUUGAAAAAGGAAACGCUGAAAAUGGAUUGUGUUUGGACAGACUUUGACUUUUGUAUGGUGAUGGUCUUCAUACAACUCAUGGGAUCUUGUUUUACACCAAGAUACAGCAAGCAUACUUACCCAUAAAUUGAUUUACUCAUAACAAAUUACUGUACAGACUACAAAUAAAAACUACAUGGUGAGAUAUAUAGGAAUAAUGAUCAUAAAAAAGUCUUGCCUAGUUGAAUGUAUCAGAAGCAAAGAAUGUGUUUGAGGUUGUUGUCAAGCCACCAAAACCUCUCAGGACAUAAUAAAGAGGUUGGUAACCAUGGAUUUGCCCUAAAGUAGUCGUGUUUUCCAUCCAGACUAUUUAAAGGUUUACAUUUCCAUGUAGUACUUUAUAGGCACCAGAAAAUAUCCACUUUUUGCAUUAUGUACACCUUUCUGACAUCAUUUUCAAAUGGAUGGCACUUUGUUCUUUCAUAGUGUAAAAGUGUAAAAUUUAAAGUCAGUUUGCUUAUCUUAGGUUUUUCAGAGCAGGUACUCUGAAGACCUUUUCAUCUACUGGGUCUGUGGUCUGUGGUUUGAAGAGGUAAAGUUGCAGAAUUAAUUCUGAGUCUUAGCUUUGUUACACAUUGUAUAUAAAGGUUUUUUCUAUUGGUUUGUUGUUGGUCAAGACAAGUAAAAAUGAAAGUAAUAAAUAACUCCUGUUGGUGUAUGAAAACAUAAUGGGAGUUUAUUCACUGUCUUUCUGAGUGUCAGACUGGUGCAAGUCCUAUGUUUUAUGCUCAGCAUGGAGCUGGAGGUGGUGAUUAGCCUAGCUUAGCAUAAAGACUGUUUGUAGAGAAAAGCAGAUAAUGUGAGUCUUAUAAAGCUAAUUAACACAUGUUUUAAUCAAUAGAUCAAUAAACAGAAAUGUAAAACUAGGUAUUUCUGGUUUUAAGGGUAGCUAUGUGCUGUAACUAUCUUCUGACAACAGUUUUUUUCUAACAAGGGUAAUAUGAGCACAUAACUGCCUUUAACUACAUUUAUCUCAAUCCCAACUUAAGGAAAGUAAUCGGAUUUUUAGAUACAAUUUUUAGAGCUGUUUCUGUCUUUUGACAGUUUUUAUGUUAAGCUCAGCUAAUUACCUUAAGCUCCACCUUACUCACAGAGAAUGCAAGCGACUUAAAUCUCCUCCUUUGGAAAAAAAAAAAAAAAAGGCAAAUAAGCAUAUUUCACAAACAGUGAUAUAAUUCCUAAAUAUGUAUAAAGGAUGGAGAUGUCAUAAAAACUCACUCAACACACGUAUAGAUGAUAGCAUUUGUAAACCUGUCACGUGAUAAAAACACCAAAGGUGCAGUUACAGUUUAACUUUUUAUUAUAGACAACUUUGAUAAUAAAGAAUUGAGAGGGUUUGGAUUUUAGCAAACACAAAAAAUAUGUUUUUAUAUCACAGAGUAAAAAUUUUACGAAGAGUCAAAAACCGUUUUUGUGAAUCUGAGUGUUGUAAUGAAAUGCGACUGGCUUGCAUUGAACUUCAAUAAAGGCUUUUUUUUAACAGUC